ACCAGUGGGUGGUCUUACUCUCGGUGCAGCAGACGACAACAACAAAGACUCACAGUCACCAACAGGACAGAGAGGAGCGGACGGGGAAUCAUGGCUGAUCCAAGAACUGAUAUCCGUAAUGAUGCAGAAAUGGCCGUCACUGUGGCCACCCCAGACCCAAAGAACGUCCAGGAGCUCACUCAAUAUGUGACUCUAUUGUUACAACAGAUGCAGGAAAAGUUCCAGACUUUGUCAGACCAGAUAAUAUCAAGAAUAGAUGAGAUGGGGACUCGCAUUGAUGAUCUGGAGAGAAACAUUGCUGAUUUAAUGACUCAAGCUGGACCAGAGGAAGCAGACAAAUGAACAGUUCUUCCUUGAUCUGAAUACUGUACUGUACUACAGUAUAUUGAAGACCUAAGUCAGUGUAAAGAAGUUUGGUGAUAGUGAAGGCAACAUGAUAUAGGAGGAAGAUAUCACCUGAAAAUGUAUUUUUUGAGGGAACUUGAGAAGGGUAACAGCAAAUGUGUUUCAAUUUUAUGCAGACAAAAAAGAGGUGGGCACUCUUGGAAAGCACUGUGUUUUGUCAAGCUUUUAUAAUGGUAACCCAUUUACACAAUCUUGUAAUUAUAUAAGUGUGAUAAUUUAUGAAUUUUAUGCUUUAUUUUAGAAAUACUGUGUGUACAGUAUGCAGUUCAUGAAAAUGCCAAAGUGAUGGUAUAAUCACUGGCAGUAAAGGCUGCAUAAGCCUUUAUAGCUACAGUAUGAUGCACAUUUGUGUGGUCUGCCCAUUUCUGGGGGACAAUGUUUUUUUUUUUUUUAUUUAAUUUAUUA